AUGUCCCAGCAGCUGGCACACUCAUCCCAACAGCUCCUCGUCCUCCUCCUACUUCUAUUGCCCCGCAAGACCUCCUCCUCCCUAAUUAUAUAUGACGGUGGUAGAAGACGCGUCCACCUGGCGGAGGUCUCUGUGAUGGUUUACGCACUCCUCGUCUGUUGCAUCGUAUUCUUCAUAUUUCCCCACCGAUGUCAUUCCCACUCCCUCACGUUGGACCAGAGACCACGAGGCCCCACCAACAGCCCACUUCGGAAAGUGGAUGUAUUCACCUACCCCUACUGGCAGCAAAGGCUCUCUUCUCCCUACUCCUGGCUCCCCCGGAGACCUCUGUGGAAUCAGCUCGAGGUGCAAAAUUGCCGUUCAGUUCCCAAGGACAUUCUGAGCGCAGAAGAAGUUCUAGCCCACGAGCAAGCGAUUCAGAGAGCUGCGGAGUCGCAACGAUAUCUGCGACGCACGCAACGAAUUCUCCGACUGCAGCAUCUUCAAUGGCUGUCCCAUCGCGAGUUCCUCGCCUCCUUUGGGAAAGCACCCGAGCGGAGAUUUCGCCGACGGUUCGUGUCCGCAGUCACGGAGGGUUUGGGCAUGACAACGACAACAAAAAUGCUGACAGUAAUGGCAAAGAUGGAGACAGUACCGCCAGUGUUCUCUGAAACGGUGGCAGCGCCGUCUACUCUUGUGGACACGACAACUUUUACUGUUUCCCCCCCUACCGCUACCAUCUCCGACCAAACCUUCACCAUCGAGGCUUCUCAGGAAGGGGCACUGGCGACUGUACAUCGGUUGGCGAUACGGUCGAAAACUAUCUUCAUAUCGAGUGGCGUGAUGAGCGCACGCCUUCGCUACUUAAUUCAACUGCAUCGCACCUUUAGGGGACAGCACAGGCUUCUGGUGGAAGUACGCCUCCAUCCACAGUAUCCACCUAUCUACAUUGGGUGA